UAAUCUUACAAUCCCUCCCCCGAUUUCUCCGGAAUUCGCAAAUCUCUCGUUCAUCUUCGCAGGAGGUUUCGGUAAUUUCUUCUUACUCAGGAGAAGGUUAAUCGUUUGUGUAGCAUCAGUCUUAAUUGAAGAAAAAUGGGUGGUGGAAAGGACAAGCAUGAUAAGCAGUCAGAAGACAAAGGGCUUUUUUCACAUCUUGCUCAUGGCAUGGCUGGAUACCCUCCUGGACAUUACCCACCACCACAAGGGGCAUACCCCCCUCCACAAGGCUAUCCCCCACAAGGAUAUCCUCCACAAGGCUACCCACAGGCAGGCUACCCACCAGCUGGAUACCCUCCGCCAGGGGCAUACCCCCCAGCUGGCUAUCCUGGUCCAUCUGCUCCACAUCAUGGAGGACAUGGACCUAGCAUGGGGACAAUGCUAGCUGGAGGUGCAGCUGCUGCUGCUGCCGCUUAUGGAGCUCACCAGAUGUCACAUGGAGCUCACCAGAUGCCACAUGGUGCUCAUCAUCUGGCACAUGGUGCCUACUAUGGGCACGGUUCCCACAAACAUGGCAAGUUCAAGCACCAUGGCAAGUUUAAGCACGGGAAAUUCGGCAAGCAUGGAAAACAUGGAUUUGGAAAACAUGGUGGCAAAUUCAUGAAGAAGUGGAAGUAGUUCUUGUGUCUUUCAAUGACUGAUCUUAAUAUUUUGCUUUCUACUGGUGCUGGUUAUGGAUUUUGAAUCAUACUUUCUUCCCGUAAAGGCAUAUAUAGUCCUCUCACGGUUCUUUGUUAUUUAUUGCCUGCCUUCAUAUA